AUGAACAUCGUCGAAUCUCUCUUUGGCCGCACCAAGUCGCCGGCCGAGCGUUUGCGGCAGCAUCAGCGCACGCUUCAAAAAGCGCAACGUGAGCUCGAUCGUGAACGCACAAAGCUCGAACAACAAGAAAAGAAGCUUACGCAGGACAUCAAGAAGUCUGCGCGUGCUGGUCAGAUGCCCGCUUGCAAGGUCAUGGCCAAAGACCUCGUGCGCACACGUCGACACAUCCACAAAUUCUACCAGAUGAAGACGCAGCUUCAGGCUGUAUCGUUGCGGAUUCAGACGUUGCGGAGCAACCAGCAAAUGGCCGAGGCGAUGAAGGGCGCAACACGGGCGAUGGGCACCAUGAACAGGAGCAUGAACCUGCCCCAGAUUCAAAAGAUCAUGCGGGAUUUCGAGAGGGAGAGCGCAACCAUGGAUAUGAAGGACGAGAUGAUGGGCGAAGCUGUGGAUGAGGCGAUGGACGACGAGGACGAAGGAGUGGGAGAGGAGGAGGAGUCGGACAACAUCUUGAAGGAGGUGCUCGAUGAGAUUGGGGUCUCGGUGGGUCAGCAGUUGGGAGAGGCUCCUACAGCUGCACUGUCGGCACCGCAGGCAGCACCACAGCAGCGUGUCGCGAUUGGAGAGGGUGCAGGAGGAGGCUUCGGCGGUGGAGGAGGCAAGGAUGAGGAUGCUCUUCAGGCUCGUCUCGACAAUUUGCGAAGGGAUUGA